AGAAUGUCUGAUAAAAGUAGUCCAGUUCAUUAUUUUAACAGUGUAGGGGAUCAUUAUGAUCCAGAAUUUACACGAGAAAUUAGCUCUAAAAUGCUAGUACCUGAUAGAAUUAGUGUGAUUGGGGAAAACAGUGCACAGUUAUCGGAAAGAUCACAUUUAUUAUCUGAGCAACAAAAAUUAAUUAUGAAUGUUCCAGAAAGAAUUCUUGUUGCUGGUGGUGAUAAACACAUAGGAGGAAGAGAACCUCUCCCAGAACUGCGUUUGGAAUCAAAUUUAAUGCUGAAUCCUUUUCCUGGUGUUCAGCUUUCGACACCACCUCAUGUUAUUACUUUAGAUGAACAUCACUAUCCAUCAGUUGUCGAGAAAUCCGGUGAAUCUAAAACAAAAUCUAAGAGAUUAUUUACAGAUUCUGAUGUACCUGUUGAUCAGGAACAUCAAAGUCCACAGGGAACAAAUAGUACAGAAAUAACUCCACAUUCACCUGAAGAAGAAUUGGCACUGCUUCGUCGCCAAGUAAAACACCUCAGUCGAAGAGUAUUAACAAUUGAACAAGAUAAUCAACAAAGACAACAACGAGAAAUUGCUAUAUAUUCUUUAGGAGUUAUAUAUUUUUUACUGAAAGGUUUAAUCUGGCUUCAUAAAAAUUGGUGAAACUUUUUUAGAUCAAAUUUUGUCAAUUUAGAAAGGAAAAUGUUUAGAUGUACAAAACAAUGAACAGUUUUUGGAAAGCAAUUUAUUCUUUGUUUUAAGAGUGCCCAUACACUGAUUUAUGUAAGUGUCAUUUCAUGAUAAAAUAGUCCAUUUCUGCUGUCUUACGAGUUAUCUAGUUCAAUGAUUUUAAACAUCACAAAAGAUAUUUGAAGGGAGCCAAAUUUAAUCCUAUAAAUUUAAGAGAUGAUGUAAAUGAGAAGACAAUAAAUUAACUCCAUAUCAUAAAAAUGUAAAUAUGUAAUUACCUUAUAUAAUAUGAAUUUUUUUUUUUAGUACAAUUUAAAACUGUUCUGAAAAUUAAAAAUUAUAUU